UAACAAUAGUAAUGGCCGACAUUUCUAGGUACACAAAUGUGUGUACUUCCAAGAAUUAAUUUAAUAACGGUAAAAUAAUUAUUAACCGAGUGAAAAGUGAAAUCGUAGUGAAUUGCGUUAAAAACAAAUCUUAAUGUAUAUUACGUGCCAAAAUGUUUCGUUUUUUAAGCGGACGAAAAGAUCGAAAUUCGCCCAAAAAUGGUACCAGGGAUUUGAAAGUCUUCACGAAACACUCUCAUAACCGAAAUUUGAUACAGUGCAAAGUGAUAUUGCUAGAUGGGACCGAUCUGUCCGUCGAUCUUUCGAAGAAGGCCGCGGCUGGCGAUUUAUACGAGCAGGUUUUCUAUUCGUUGGACUUGAUUGAGAAAGACUACUUCGGUCUGCAAUUCACUGAUGUUAAUCACGUGAAACACUGGCUGGAUCCGACGAAACCGAUUAAGAAACAGAUUAAAAUUGGCCCCCCUUACACCUUAAGAUUGAAAGUGAAGUUUUAUUCAUCGGAACCGAACAAUUUACGCGAGGAACUGACGAGGUACCAGUUCUUUCUCCAGCUCAAGCAGGACAUUUUGGAAGGCAGACUCGAGUGUCCCCAGCAGACGGCCGUCGAGCUGUUCGCCCUUGCGUUGCAAUCCGAGCUCGGCGAUUACGAUGAGACCCAGCAUACGGCGGCGACCGUUUCCGAAUUCCGCUUCAUUCCGAACCAGACGGAGGAAAUGGAGAUCGAAAUCCUGGAAGAGUACAAGAGGUGUGUCGGGUUGACACCGGCGCAGGCGGAGUCGAACUUCCUAAACAAGGUGAAGUGGCUGGAGAUGUACGGUGUCGACAUGCAUACGGUUUUGGGAAAGGACGGCAUGGAGUACCACCUCGGCCUUACACCGACCGGAAUUCUAGUGUUCGAAGGCUCGCAAAAGAUCGGCCUAUUUUUCUGGCCGAAGAUCGGCAAGCUGAACUUCAAGAAGAAGAAGCUCACCCUCGUCGUGGUCGAGGACGACGAUCAGGGCCGCGAGCAGGAGCACACCUUCGUCUUUCGUCUCCACAACGAAAAGGCGUGCAAGCACCUGUGGAAGUGCGCCGUCGAGCAUCACGGCUUCUUCCGCCUGAAGGCGGCGCCGCGCUCCAACUCGGCGAAGCAGAAUUUUUUUCGAAUGGGCUCGAGGUUCCGCUACUCGGGCCGGACGGAGUACCAGAGCACGCACCAGGCGAGGGCGCGACGCACCGUUCAGCUGGAGAGGCGGCCGAGUCAGAGGUACGGUCGACGGCAAAGUCACGUCUUAAGGGAGCGACAGCAGAAGGAGGCGUCCAAGGUGGAGGGCGCGGAGGCGGCGAGUCGCUGCUCGACGCGAUCCAACGCGACGAACACGACCGACGCUGAGCCCGUUUAUUGUAAAAUCGCCGAGGAUACGAAGUUACCCAAAGGAUCUGAAUCGGAAAGCGUCGGCAAAGGUUCCUUUGGUAAAGCGUCAAUCGGCGGCAGCUCAACUUACAGUCCCAUUUUAUCGCCCCCCAGCAAAAAUGGAACACUGAAGAAGAACAAACCGAUAUCGCCAACACUGGGACCGCCUUCCAUUAGUCCAACCGCUUCGCUCGCCGACAGUCAGCUCGAUUACCUACUGAAGAGCUUGGCGAAGGAAACGCUGAGCGGUUUUCAGAAGGACGAUCCUAACGAGGCGGUCAGCAAUGUGAACAAAGAUGAUUUCGUAGACGCUGACGCUAAACCCUUACCCGCCGAGAUUCCUAACAACAUUAGCAAACCUUCGGGCAAUUCCUCUCGUCCGAUACCGCCCAACUUAAAGUGUAACAUACUGAAAGCUAAGGCCGAAGAGGAACUUAACGCUUCCAAACUGACCAACCAGAUGUUCGUCUCCGCCGCGCAAAACGACGAAGCUAACCUAAACUCACUUAACGCCGCCACUUUUGUUGCCGUUGGCGGCGACAAGUUGACUCUAUCGGUGACCGGCCCGACUGAGAACCUCACCAAGGGCGAAACGCACGACGUUAAAAGUCAGACUCGUUGCGCCACCCCCGUUACGGUGACGUUCUUUAGCAAUUCCGACGAGGGCAAACUGGAGAAGCGCAUCCUGGGCACGCCCGAACCGAAAAAGAGUCCGCUAAGCUUGAUCAGCCUCGAGCGGGACGCCACCGAUUCCAAUUUCAACUCGUUAGACGACAAAAAGUCGCCGACCGAUUCCAACCCUUUUAUUAAUUUUAUUAUCGAGAACCACAGUAAUUUUAACCCGUUCCACUCUUCCAAUCCGUUUCUUUCCAGCAACCCCUUUAGGAAUGAGGACGCCGAGAAGAUGGCGCACAGUGAAGUCGACGGAUCUCCGAUCAGGCAGGAGAGUAUGACGAAAACUUCCAGCCCGCUGCCAUCGCUGAGUAAGCUAUCGCCUUGGCUCGUCUCCCCCGAGGUCGUCUCGUCCCCGGUCACCUCAAGCGAGACGAUCAUCCGCAAAUCCGUCAUUACAACGCAGCUCUAGCGGCGACACGUCCGUAUUUACUAUAAAUUAAUUGUGAUAUUUACACUAACCAAUGGGCUUUGAGUGCUCGAAUUGUCUUUGUAAAGGUUACGUUACCCAAUCACUAUGUAUAAGUUACUCUACCCCGGUCCCAGUUGCAUUUUAAAACGUUGAUCGAGGGCCAUUUAGCAAGUCUGAAUUUGUACCAUGUUUUUUUUUAAAUUUGCGCAUGGCAGCCUCCCAAGUGUUAGGAUUCACUGCCUAUUAUUUAUGAUUUUUUUUACAUUGUCUAACGCUGUUAUGUUUGUAAAUAGUUUAUUCCUAAAUCUUAAGGUAAAUGGGGGCCAAUAAUCAGUAGGUGUUGUCGAGAAGUGCAUAUAUUUAUGUAGCAGCUUUCGAUUAAACUAGUACAAAGUGACUUCUCGUCAAUGUAAUUGAGUGCCAUUGUUGGCAAAUAUUUCCAUGUACGUACUUACUUAAUGCUUUUGUAUUACAUUUUCCGUCCUUUCGCUAUGAUCAUUGUUAUAAUGUACUUAUUUGAAUAAAAGUAUGUUUUUAAAUACCUGAA